CAGAAGGUGACGGUCAAAACAUCCAAGAUGGCGCUUUCGUGGGAGGUGUUGUCAAACUGUUGCCGAUCUUCAUGCGUCUAAAACAUCGCAUAAACGCUCGCUAUGUGUAGCAAUUAUUGCAAAAAAUAAUAGUUUGAUAAAUAGUAUUUCCGUGUGUUGACGAUGGAUGAUAUAUCGGUCAGGAAGAGGCAGCUAGAUGACAAACUUGCUAAGGUAUUUCGUUUCCUCUCUAUUUUCAUUUAAAAUGAUCAUGCUGUAACUUAUGUUUUUGAUAAUUUCCACCAUGGUGUUACUUACCUUUUCUGUUUUUGCUGUGCCUUUCUUUGUAGCCCCCUCAAUUCCUUUUUGUAUCCAGAAGUUUACUAUCCGAUAUUGGCCUUUACUGGGAGUAUACCCUUUGGCUUCCUGGUAGACAUCUUUAGUGCACCUCCUAACAGUGUUUGUCUUAGAUAGAGUUGACUUCUGGAUACAAAGGGAAUUGAGGGAGCUACAUUUUAAUAACAAUUAUGUUUAAAAUUUUAAGGGAAAUGGAAAUAGCUCACCAUGAAAUUGCACUUCGCACCUCUUAACCUUCCUUCCUUUCUCUCCUAUUACCAUUCUGUUACUAAAAAUACGUUGUCAUACAAAUCUCGCGGUGAGCAGUGAGACUAAAGGGAAACAAGCCAAAGGGAAAAAGUGAGAUGUAUAAACAAAAACAAAACAACAGCAACAAAAGCAAUAUACAAAGAAAAAUAAGAGCUUUCGCCAGGAUUCAAACCUACAGUCUUACUGCACCUUGCACGUGAAAUCAGCUUCGCGACCACUUUGCCACAUGCCUACUUGAUGACGUCAUUGCAUUGCGGACAUUAUCGCAUCAUGCAUAUACAAAUAUAAAUGGGCCAACCAAGUUUGCAAGCUGCUAUGAUUCACGCGCGAUCCGCAUGUGAUAAAAUUAUACAUUAAUUUACUCCACGGGCCUUAUGGCCUUUGCUUUGCGAGAAUAAAUUUGAGCAUUGAAUCUUGUUUUGUCCUCCCUCUGGGAUGUUUUUAGGUGAUACAUUGCAAAAAAUAUUAUUGUGCUUUGUUGUUGUCAAAGUUUUCAGAUCAAGGAAACAUUUCUUUAGGUGAAAAAGGUCAUUAAUUUUAUUGUCAUAUCUAGGCCGUAUAAAAAAAAUCAAAAAUUGUAUAAACAACAGGAGUUGUAAUUUUUUGUAGGAAAAGAAUAUCCUGGCUUUUCUUCAGGAGAGUUUGGAAAAGACAAAUCAAAUUACAGGAAAUAUGGUGAGCAGAUUGUUGUAACUUCAAUUGCAGUGUUUCAGAGUUAACAAUGUUGUACCAGCACAACAGCUUGGUGGGUAUAUAAAAAUCAGGGAUGGACUUACUUUUGUUGACUGAAAGGUGGACCUACAACUGGGUAAGCUUAUAAGUAAGUGAGGGGCUUACACAGUGUUCUCCUUAUUGGGCAGUAACUGUUAAAAUUUACCGUCUAAAGCAUCAAUUCUUACUGCCUGCAACCACAGUGAAGGUUUACUAAAAUGAAAUAAGUUGUUUUAAAAAAUUAUACACAAGUUGUGAUCCAAGCUGAUCAGGGUAAUGAAUAAAUAUAUGGAAGUGUACUAAAGUAUACACAGCUUUUCUUUUAUUGGCCAUGCAUUUUAGAAAGAGAGCAUUGAAGACGGAGUGAAAUUUUUUGAAUGAAACGUUUCAAAUAAUUUAUUGUUGUCUAAAUAUAACAACAGAUGAUUUGCAUAAAAUAGGUCUUAAAAUGAGGGAAUGACAUUUCAGUGAACUUGGCUCCUAAAUUUCACAGCAAGGUUGAAGCCUUGUCCUUCACGCCACUACCCCCUCCCCCCAAGGAAAGUGUGCCUCUGGCACAUAUUUUUUGCCUCACCAGCCAUGAAUGGUCCCUUACCUGCUGAGCUAAAAUUUAGGGAGAAAAAUGUUACAGGGGUGGUUUAUGGUGUGCAACAGUGUAUCUUUCUUGAUCAUUGAAGGGAAGUUGUUUCAGGCAUUUGUCAUAAUUUAUGUGUUAUCUUACAGCUGGAUAUCUUGUCCAAGUUUGAAGGGCGUAUACACAAACUAGAGGACACCAUUGUUCCAGUUCAUAGGGAGACUGAUGACUUGCAGCGAAGACAAGCUAGUAUCCUAAAUCUUUAAAGUUAAUGUGAUUGCUUUCCUAAAGCUCAUUGCUAAAGAUAUGAUGUAAUGAAGCAGAACUUUAGCUUCAAUUCUUUAUCAAAAAGUGGAGUUAAACAUUUUACUAGAAUCUGCUACACUCUUUCUCUCUUUGUCUCUCUUCACCCAGGUGUAUAAAUGGGUGCCAGCGACAUAUUGCUGGGGGGUAAGCUUGUGAUGGACUAGCGUCCUGUUCAAGGGGGGAGUAGCAUUACUCCUAGGCAUGCCUCAUGCUAAGGAAUCCGGGAUAAGCUCUGACUAGUUGUUUGGGCCUUUGGCUCAUGCGAGCCUUUACCUUUACUUUGUCCGACCAAGCCGUUAUCAUUUUUAGUCAUUUCACAAGAAUGGUGUAGCUUUUUGGUGCCAUGUUAAAUUUAAAAAGACUGCAUGAUGACUGCACAUAGUUUUCAAGAUGAACAGAUUUUUCUAUAGCUUACAUGAUUUUGUAAAAGUUGACGAUUAAUCUAUCCAGUAUAAGUAUUCCUCUUGGAAAUGUCAUCAAAGUUGCUUUGUCUAUGGCAUGUCUGUACACAUCCAAUCAGAAGAUACUCUUAACUAACCUCAAACGUGCUCUAUAAUCCACAAUAUUAUUACUAGUAUAAAAUUGUCAUGUGUUUUGACUGACAACAAUUGAGUUAUCUUUUAACUCGGCAUAGAUAUUGAAAAAUCCUUGGCUGGUUUGGAUCAUGUGAUCAGUUAUCACCACGUCUACGCUAGUGUUGAACAUGUAAUAAGAGAUGCGUAAGUAACAGGACUUGAAAAAAAAACUUGAAUUCCAGUUUGUCCUUUAGGUAAGCGGCUGUCACAUUUUGCUUGCCAGGGGCCACUUCUUGCUUGUCUUUAAGUUAGAGGAUGAAGUACCUCGACCUUUGCCCAUUGGUCAAGUAAUCUUUAAAAAUUACUUUCCAAGCAAGAAAAUCUACUUGUGUCAGACUACAGGGCAAGACGUUUUUCAAGCCCUUAGUAAUAGAGGGGUCUUUUGGGGGCAGGGUCAUAAAAGUUAUUAAGACUGAAUCCUUCAGGAAAUUGAGUAAUUUUCAGAGGACAAAGACCUUGGACCAGAAUAGUAAACAAGGGCUACAGAUGUGAUUAUUAGUUAUCUUUAAUAACACCAAAGAAAAUUUCUUAAGGGAGCCCAAGAAAAUAAAUGUCAAACUUCACAAAAUGACGUCUGACAAUGAACUUUUCAGAAUUUUACCUGUGUUUUCACAAUUCUUUUAUAAUAUGAAGACCCAUAUAUAUUCAUUUACAAAGCAUGAUCUUUCUUGUUCGGUCACAACUAAAAAAAUAAAAUUACUGCACAGUUUAGUCUGCUUACAGUGUAUCACAGGUGAAUUUAAUGAUUUUUGUUUGUCACAGUCCAACUGGCCAGCUUGAUGCCUAUAUCAAGAAUUUGGAAAGAGUAUUGGAUGCAAUUGAGUUCUUCAACCAGAACAACCCUAGCUGUGUGGAGCUGACCAACUUGGUUUGUGUUACAUUUUAUUUCAUUUACUGGGAGUUGAAAUAUUUUCAGGUGUGCCUUUCACUUGGCAAUUAAUGUCUGUCCUAUAGAGAGAGAAUCAAUAAAGGGAGUUAAGAAUGGCAGGGACCAACUCUAGGUGUCUGUUUUACCAAUGUGUUUGUCCUAUAGAGGUGUCCAGUAAGAGAGAGUCAACUGUACUUCUUUAAAAGUUGCUUCAUUUUCAUGUACAGUGUAUUCCUUUUGUAUACUAUUUUUUGAACCACUGUUGUUUUUUUUUUUCCAUUUUGACUGAACUGUUGUGCUCAGUUAAUUUUUGUCACAAUAACUAAACAUUCAUGAAUCUUAAAAAUAUUAUUUUUGAAUCAUGUGUAAACUUCUGUGGAGGCAUGUGUACAUGGCUGAGUGGUUAACACCUCGAACUCCAGACCUGGUGGUCUGGGGUUCAGCCCUCGCUCGUCGCUUUGUUUCCUUAAACAAGGAACUUUUAUUUAAUACUCCAGUUUGUCUCUCUUCACCCAGGUGUAUAAAUGGGUACCGGCAACAUACUGCUGGGAGGGUAACCAUGCGAUGGACUAGCAUCCUGUCCGAGGGGGAGUAGCAAUACUGCUAGCCAUGCUUCUUGCUAAGGAAACUGGGAUAAGCUCCAGCUGUUUGGGCCUUUGGCGUGUGUGCACCUUUACUUUUUAAACUUCUGUGAUAUUGGCAAAUUUGUCAAUUUAUAUUUUAAUCAGCAUCAUUUUUGUCUCUUUUUCCAUUCUAGACCUCUUUGCGUGACUAUGGUCGUGAUUCACUACAGAAAGAAUUCCGCCAAAUGCUUAACAGGCACAGCAAACCAGUUUCAAUUGACACAAUUGUCAAGUUGGCUGCUGCUGGAGAAGGUAAAACAUUGUAUUUAAUAAUUAUUAUUAUAACCAAUAAAAGACCUUCAAUCUUUUCUUGUUCAUCUCAACUUAAAUGUCAAGAAUCUCGUGCAGGCAUACUCUGUAAAAGAAUAUUAGUUGAACUGUGUGCUUUUUUUUCUUUGCAGAUACUUUGAAAGAACCAAUUGAGCAUUUAUCAGGUCUGUAAUAUUUAACUUAGUUGGACUUUGUUUGAAGGCCAGAAGGGAACAGGGUGCCUGAUAGUUGUGGCUUCAGAUAUUGAAAUCUAUCAAUCCUGGGUUUGAGAACCACUUGGCUCCCUCUGUUAGCUGAUUAUGAUUCUUACGCCAUCUUGUCUCACGUACCUCAUAAAUGUGGCCAAGUGAAAAAAAUUUCCUGUGAAAAUGACUUUUAUUUGAAUGAGAACAGAAGAUUUAUUUCAUAUCAAAGAUUUUGGAUGUACCCUCACUUUGACAAAGAGGCUUUGGGGAAAUAUGUUAUUGACGUUAAACUGUCUUUAUGUUCAGAAAAAGUUUUGGAAGACUUAUGCACCAUAACUCGUUGGUUGAAUGGGCCUGGCAAAGAUGAUUCUACAGGUACAAUGUAGCUAUGAAUGUGAAGAAUUUUUUUAACUGCAAUAUUUUAGUGUUUCUGUGUUAAUUGAAGAAUGCAUAAUUUUCAUAUAAAAAAAUGAUUGAAAGGUUUAGUUUAAUGGAGGACUUCGUCAGACACUUUUUUCAGGUCAACAACAUGGCAGAAUCAUUUUUUCUCCCCUCCCCGCUCUUUUCCAAAGUAGAUGUACAAUAUAACAUAGUUUUCAAUAAGAAUAGAACUGUAACCGUGUGUGAAAUCAUUAACAGUUAUUCGUUGAGCCUGAAUGGGCUCUGAGUCAAUAGCCCUUGAGGCCGAAGGCUGAAUGGACUAUUGACUCAGAGGACAUAAGGGCGAGAGGAAUAUUAUUGUUUUAGUAAAAUCCAACUAGUUGGUCAAAAAUAUAGAGACAAAACAACUUUAGCUAAUUAAAGCUAGACUUUAAUCCUUUUUUGCCGCCAAAAAGAAGGCGCUUUUUGCUACUAAUGGGCUAUAACAUAUAACCUAGUGGUAGCUCAACCAAUCAGAAUGCGGCAUUGAUAAUAGACCACUAUUUGGAUUUUACUAAUAAUUAUUAUUCACCUUUCCAUGCCAGAUUUUGCUCAGGAAGUGUUUAUGUACGAUGUAGGAGUGUAGUUUAAAAAAAAUAAUUGCAAAACUCACACUUCAAAUUAUCAAUGCAAGUUUGUUGUUUUAUACAUGGCAAGACGUAGAGUUUAAAAUCCAUUUUCAUUUUUCAGUAAUAUUUUAUUUUCAGUCUAAUUAACCCUGUUCAUUUAAACUGACUAAAAUUUCUCGAAAUUUACAGGCUCACCUUGUUGCGUUUGUUCACUUACUGUUUAUAGAUUUUAUGAGUGUCUAUGCGCAAAUCAGAUCUAAUUCUCUUGUGAGAUCUCUGCAAGUGUAAGUUGAUAAUAAUAAGAGAAACAAUAAUAUUUUAGCUUUGUCAAAAACCUUAAAGACUAAAAUGGGGGUGAUAAUUUGGCCAAUAGGGAGUAUAUAGCCUGUUCCAGGCUCCAAGAUAGUGGGGAAAACAUAUCAAGAAAAGUUGUGCAAAAAUCUCGGGGGAGCUGGGGAGAGAUGGGUAAGUGUCUCCCCUUCUCUCUUCCCCCGUUUUUCUCUUGUUUGCUUGUCCACUGCUCACCCGCCUUUUUCGCUCGUCUGCACUGACCAGAGCCUGGCACAGGCUAAUAGGGCAUAACUGUGACAUUUUAAGGUGAUGUUACACGGAACAAUUCGCAAUGAUGAUUCUUAGCACAACACAGCGCUGCAAUGUUAGAAUGAUGUUGUAACCAUUCGAAACAAUGUCCCAACAAUAAUUUUGCAACGCUGUAUUGCACUAAAAAACACUGUUGCAGACUGUGCCAUGAAACAUUACCUUUAAGCAAACUUUCUUAUCCUCAUAAAAUGUCAGUAUGUCAUGUCUGUUUUGCUCUAACUUUUUGGUCUGAGCAAAUAAGAAUGUGGGACAUUUUAAUAGUAUGGUGUGUAGUAAUCUGUAGUUGAUUCUGUAAGUUGUAACCUCAACUUAUUGUUUACAAUGUUGCAAUAGUUCUUUAUUAUCUUCAAUGUUUAAUGCAGGCCUUUUUUUCUUUAUACCAUGAUAAGGAUUUAGUUUUUUUUAAAAAAUGUUAAAAUGUCAUUGUACCCUGUAAUUUUGAGUUUGAGUUGUAUAGUAUACUUUUUAUCUCAAUGGGCGAUUCCAGAAAAUAUCCAUACCAUACCACGGACGGCUUUAAGGAUUUCCGAAGGGGAGGGGGGAUUCACGAUUAUGGAAUUCUGAAGGUAUGGGGGGGUAUUUACGAUUUGAAAUCCGAAGGUAUGGGGGAAUUCCACAGGUGGGAUUUCUGGAGUAGAAAGUGUAGAGUAAGUUCCUGGAAAACGCUAUUGUUGUGGACUUUUGUAGUUCGUAAAUAAACCACGAACGUAUGACCGCGGAAGCAGAAGACAAGCAUCGAUAGAUCAGACACGUGUUUACGCUCAUAACUUAUCGAAGUGAACAGUAAAACGUUGGUUUCACAUUUACCUUGAUGAAUUUCUUGUCACGUGAAUAAAAACUGAAAAUGUAUCUUUUAAUACCGCUUGCAAAUUUCUUGUUACUCCCGUCCGAUAAACAGUAAAAAACUCGCACGAGUCCCUCACUUCCAAGAAACGCCUGUCAGAUUAGAACGCUUUUCGUGCGCACUACAUGACGUAUAAAAGGACGCAACACGACUCGACGGUAUAUUUGACCGCCAAAAGAUUUUAACAGUCUGUUUGAGAUAUUUUCCUUUGUAAACGUCAAAACAGCACAAGAAAACAAAGAGGAGUAAAAUUACCUUAAGUGGUGUUUAUUUUUAUAGCCAAAUUCGGACUUAAAAAGGAGUUUGCACGGCCUGGCAACUAGCGUAGGUUCUUCUUGUCACUGAAGAGUAAAGCUUGUCACCUGGCGCCGCUAGAUCACAGCCUUGAGGAGGCAUAAAUUCAUGUUCGUUUGUUCUUAUAGGCGUUGCUAAGUCGAAAAUGUACUUCCAAAAAAAACCGGAAAUUCUGAAGGGGAGGGGGGGUUCACGACUAUGGAAUUCUGAGGGCAUGGGGGGGUAGCGCAUUUUGGAAUUUCCGAAGGCAAGGGGGGGUUAAAACAUGGAAGCCGUCCGUGGUUGGGUAUGGAUAUUUUCUGGAAUUGCCCAAUCUCCAUUUAACAUCAUUCCAAUAACAGUUUUGUAUUGUUAUUUCUCUUCACAGGUUGAAAGAUGUAAGUGUGAUAAAGUAGUUGAAUGUAGUAGAUUACAAGUAAAUAUAUCAUCAAAUAGCAAGUAUGAGAAUAGGCCUUUGCUGCAUUCCAGUAAACAAAGGUAUCAACUUUAUUGAGGCUUCGGUGACAAAAUACAGUGAUCUGUAUGAAAUUGUCCACUCGAGCUUUGACCUCAUUUCUUUCAUUUGUGUGUGCAUGACUGGAAUACAGAAAAGCCUAAAAUGAUAUAAUGGAUUCAUUGGUCUCUGUUCUACCUCUAACUUACUACUCACAUUUAUUUAGUUACUAGUAAUAACCAAAGGUUAGGAAGUGCGGCUGACAACCAUCGAAGGUCCAAAUGCUUUUGCUCCAUUGCUGUGUUUUACGUAGGUUUCCUGUGACAGAUGGUCAAAACGUGGGUGAUAAGAUUACGAGGGGUAGAAGGUUGAGACGCUCGUGAUCAAAUUGCAUUCUGUGCAUUUCAUUUAUUCUUAGUGGAAGUCCAAACGAAUGCCUGCUACAUACAUGUGACGCAUUUGUAAUAUAACAACCUGGACAUUAGGAUUGCGGGUUCCUUUUGUCGCGUCCAAUAAGCUUCUUGUUCUUUUUACCAGAUUGAUAACUGUAUUUCCUCAGGUAUUGACAUGACACGGUGUAUUUUAAAAAGAAGAGACUUUUAGCUAUGAAAAAUGUAAAAAUUUUUCUUUAAAACAUUUAAAGAAAUUUUUAAAAACGAUUGAAAAAUAUACCACAACGCUUCAACGUCUCGGACGUUAUUAUUGAGUCCAAAAGAAAAGCUUAUGAAUGUUCUAUAAAUACAAGAAAAAAUUGGUCUUUAAAAAGAAAAGUAACACAUAAAAACAUGUCACAAGUUAGACAAAGAGUUAAGCACUAAUGGGGUCACUCUGAAAGUUAAGAAUAGGCCCAAGUUCUUUGAUAUUUUACUUAAAAUCAUUAUAUCCUUGAAAGCUUUUACAAACCCUUUCUUCUUGAAACUCUUUUUACAAUACUGCCAGUUAGAUUUAUUCAGUUGACUGGUACAUUAAAAGUCCAUGAUGCACUUACCUAAUUAUUUUUUGUUUACUUUUAAGUCCUUUGGUGGAAAACUAAAGGCCACAUCAGGUUAGUUCUUCUAGAUUGAAUUAACACUUUAAGCCCCAAUAUCCACAUACAAAUUCUCCAAACUGAUCUCCAUACAUCUCCUUUAAGAAUUAGUUGAGAGAAUUUGAUAAAAGGUCAUGGAAUUUUCUCUGUGGUGAUCAUUUUAUCAAUUCUCAUAACUUUAUCUCUUGACAGUGUAUGGAUGUUGUUAGGAGAAAAUUGUUGUUGGUCACUAUUGGGACUAAAAGGGUUAAGGUACUGUUUUCUUAACCAGUGAUAAUCGUAUUCACUUGAUAAGCAUGGCUCAACAAGGAGCACCAGAAGAUCGUGUGUUUUAUUGUUUUUGUUUUUUCUCUUCUUAUUUUUGCCUGAUAGUAAGCAAAAACAAAUUGCUAUUAAAUCAGUGAACUAGUUGGGCUUGAUAGAGCCCAUGUACAUAUAGCUAGUGUUUUUAUUUAAAUUUAUAGCAUUGUGAACUUUUUAGCUUUAAUUACUAUGUUCAUUUUAGCUUUUAUAUUCUUUUAACAUUUAAAGCAUCAGUUUUUACACACUUUUGAUGAUUUGUAUUUACUUGGAAAAGACACGUUAUACAUUUUUAAUUAUUAUUAAUUAUUAUUAAAAGAUGCUAAACUCGAGCCUUAUAGAAAUGCACAAAAUAGUUGCUGCUAAAUUGAGUGCCGUUUAUGAAAUACUUAAGGCCCUUAGAGUCUCUUGAUCCACUGGCAAAACAAUAAUUUAUUAGGAAGAAAAAUGUAACUAAUUAUUGCGAGUCUCUUGAGGCUUUUUUCACGAGUCGCUUUUCUUGUCGUAAUACCACCCAAUGGUGUCAUUAGUGUUUGCUUAUAGCCAUAGGAAUGAUUACUUUUAACCUCUUAUUUCAUUAGGGGGUGUGACCACGCCCACAAGAAGAGGAACUGGCAAAAGGAGAGAGUAAGCUACAGUAGUAUAAUGGUUGUAAAAUCCUUUGUUUUGCACAUGAUUUCAUACCACUUUAGAAGAUAUUGAAUGUUGGAAAUUUCCCCGUCUAAGUGAAAGGAUGAUCAUUUGCUCUCUUUCACUUCUAUUUUUUACUUCUAGUAAUGUUCCAUUUUUCAAACAGAAAAGUAGUAUUUUACUGACACUGUUACUGGUAUCGAGCUCAUCAAUAAUCAAACUUCACUAAUACUGCUAACAGUUGCAGGCUCCAAAAUGUUAUGCUUAUCACGACAAGGAUCUUAGAUUAAGGUUAAGCCCCGUGCAAUUGGGCGCAACAUUGUUGAAUGUUACAUGUUGAGUCCGUUUGCACACCCCGUUGUAUGUUGUUAGGAGUUGUUGCGCAAAGUUUGAAACCGGUCAAACUUUUAGCUACGUUCAAACGGACGCAACAACUCCCAACAUUGUUGGGGUUAACUGUACAUGUGACACCUUACUCCUGGUGCAUUGUGAACACUCGGAUGUUAAAAAGUAGGUUAGUGAAAGGAACACUUUCCCCAUAAAGUUGUUUGAUGCUUGUCAAAUAAAAAGCAAUUGGAUCUUUUUCACUUUCAGGGUACGCCGUGUCCCUUCCAAGUCAGAGCAUGGUAAAAAAAUAGUUUUCUCUUUAUGGUUAAUGCUAUUUUUUCAAAGUCGCUGACAAAAAAAAAGAAAUCAAUUAACAACAGUGCUACUGCAAGGAUUGUUUGGGUAGUAUGUGUUCCUAGCCUUUGUGUAAAAGUGACGCUGGAACCAACUUUGUGUAGAUACAAAGCUGAGACUCUGUAUGCGUAUUUAUGAAAAAUCGGAGUUGUAAUAGUCGUUUUUCGUGAAACGACGAUUAUCUAGAGAUUUGAGCGACGAUCACAUUGCCAUUCCGAUCAAGUUUGAUAACGUAAGUCGUGCGAUAACGGCAAAGAGAUCUGCCAAAAAGUCUGCCUCAUGUUCAGAGUUUCUGUUUUGCUUAUUAAACCUGUUGCUUUUGUUAUUUUCUCGUUUUCUUCUUCUUUGUCGUGGUUGCACGAGCUCGCUAGUAGCGUUACCACACAAAACAAUUUUUGAUAUGCGAUGAUUUCGUUGAAAAUCGACGAUUUGACAAAAAAUGUAUUUUAUUAGGUAUCCAAACGGGUGCCUUCCCGUGUUCGAUAUAUUGCACCACCACGUCAUUAUAAUAGUAAAAAUAAUUAAAUAAAUAGAUGUUAAAUAAAUAAAUAUAUAAAAAUAAAAAUAGACUAGAAAUUAAGUAAGGGUUUAGCCAAACUAUGGUCUUUUUUUUAUUUAUAACAAGGUCAUCCUCGCCGAGGUUCAGCUCUUCCUUCGGAUAGUGGAGCUACCAAAGAGGAAGAAGAGUGAGUAUGGAGGAUUAACAUGCCAGCCAUUACACAAGUCAUGUUUGGUUUCUCUGACUGUAUUUUCCUCCUUUGUCACGUUCACAGGGAGAUAGAUGGUGCGAAUUACAUAGUGUUUUGUCGAUCCUUGCUGAGACUCAUACAGGUAAUUACCUUACCAGUAUUAAAGUCCCAGAAAGAGGCGAGUGGUGGGUGGGGGGGGGGGAUAUAAGAGUUGUGCUGCCAAGGCCUUAAAACCCUGACCCUGUUUAACACAAAAAUUGUUAAUUUGGCUACCCUGUAAGAUAAGAGGCCUUUAAUAUUUUGUGACCCGGGUUCGUUUCGUUUUGCGUACAGAAUUAACUAAUUUUCUAAGGUAACACUAUUUUAUUUUAUUAGAUUCACACUCUUUUUGAAGAAGACACUUUUUCAAGACGCUAAGUAGUUUGAAAAGCGAUAUUAUAUACGUUGUCUAAGACUCAAGGCCCUGAAAACCACACCCUGUUCAGCAUCACAUACAUGUACCCGUUUAGGCAAAAUAAAGGUGUGCCCCUGUCCCGGGUAUCAAACAAAGUGAUCAGUGUUGAAAUCUGACGUUUAUUUGUAAUUAUUUGGAUUGAGUUAACCUCUGACGAGGGCGUGUUUUGUGACUUUUCUUGUUAGAGUGAGCGUGAAUUGAUGAAGAGUAUAAUUCCUGAGAUAAGCCAAAGCACCACAUUUGACAAGCUAAUCCAAGCCUCUAUGGAUAUGUUCAUUUCUGAAGGAGAGGUAUUUAGCCCCUUGACACCUGAAAUGCAUGUCUUACGCUGCUUGUGUGGGACCCCAUAGCCACUUGCCAUCGGGGGGUUAUGUGACCAAUUCCAUCCUAAAAUUAUGAGACAACCCUAAAAAUACUAAAGUAUUGAAAGAGCAACUCGUAAAACAAAUAGCGGAUCUGCAAAUUUUUAGGUUUUAAUCCCCUACCAGUGCUAUUUUGUGGUGAUUUGAAUACCGUAAAUGAUCUAAUAGAAGCCCACUCUCUCAUAAACGCCCCUCUACGCUGUUCAACGAUUCUUAGCCUACGUAGUUUGCGUCGGUUUUUUAGGACGAAAGGAGAAAUAUCGAGGACGCACGCGCGCUUAAGAGGGGAGGCUCUUUUCCCCCUCACGUGUUUCCCUUGCGCGCGCGCCUGCCACGCUGGCAUUUCACUGCGUCAAACGAGAGAAAUAUGCAAACGCUUAGGGAAGUACUUCAAAGCUAAGGUUUGCUACUGUCACUGUCGAAAGUUUAAGGUAUUAUCAAUACCCUGUUGGUUCACUAACAUCUUGAAAGUUUACUGAAAAAGUCUGAAGUGUUUGAAAGCCGAGGCUGGUGUUAUUGUCGGUGCCAUUUUCCAGAAUGAUUUUCUUUUGACGCGAAGCAUUUUCAACAAAGAAAAAGUUCCAAAAUCCGAGGAAGAUGAAAAGAUAGUUACGCUUAGGAACUGAUUCAUACAUCUUUGCCAAUUUUUACAGUUACUGAUACUGAAAUCCUAGCAAGUUAAAACAAAAAAGCCUUAGAAAUUUGACUGUGGUGGACGCUGGCAUAGCUCAGUCGAUUAAUGGUUGUUGGGGAAUGGGAUAAACGACAGGCUUGGAAAUUUCUAAUCUUGCAAGAAUGGGAGUGAGACUUGACUGUUUAAUGAAAUUGUUUGCUUUUUCUCUCUUUUGUUUUACAGGCUAUAAUAAACAUUCUGAAGCGCUACUAUAACAAACAUAACUACUCGGCCAUUCUACAAGUUCUUCCUAUUCUUAAGGCAUUCAUUGCGAUCCAGCCUGAUUUCUAUGUAACCUUACAGGUCAGUUCAUUGCUGGGGUUUGUUUUGUAGGUACACGUGUUAUAGAAGCUUCAGAAAAGACGUUUUUGAGCGUCGCAUGUUAAACGGAAGUGUACUCUUGUCAUUCUUGGGCAGUGGUUUCACCCACAUUUUUCAGGUAAAUCGUCUUUAUGAGAGUAAAGACAUUAGCAUGAAUACUAUGUCACUUUCGGUUGACGUACGUCGCUCAAAAAUGCCUUUGAGUUAAUCCGGGAACGAAGAAUAUAAAGCAAAUCCUGUCUUCUGAUUGGCUACCUAAGAGAGCAAGAUAGGCCCAUCUUGGCCUCCCGGAAUUUCCCGCGUUGGUCCCGCAAGAAAAACUUUUCGUUGUGGUCGUAUGAUAAUUCAUUGACCAAACCUCGUCACAGUACUUCUAGUCUUUAUACUAGAUGACUUAAACCUCGGAGACAAGUAAGAUGUCUGCGGCCGAGUGCAUAGACCAGACGCCCUUAACUUGUGAUGUUGAAUGCGACUGUCAUGUUUUCCUGUAAAUUUAUGUUAGACGUACGUCUUAGAUGUCCAUUAGUAAAAUACAUUGGCUCCUUUGCAGGAGACGUUUCACAGAACUCAGGGUCAGUUUCCCACGCUCAUUCACGCUAUGGAAGCUACGGUAAGUAGAUGUCUCUCUAUCUCUCUGUUCGUAGAGAGAAGUCGUUACGUCACGUUGUCAUGGUAGCAAAAUUUCUGGAUGACGAGGAACUAAAAACGUCGCACUGUUUCAAGCUCCAGCGAUUUUAAUCAAUGUCAUUUAAUUUGACAAGUGUUGGCGAAAUUUUAUAGGGUUGGACACGAGGGAACCGUAUCUAAGUUGAGAGAAAGAAAACAUUUUUUUUUUGUCGUGUUCGUGUACUUCAUAAAGCGGGUGCGUGAAAUUAGAAAGUAUAGUGUCACAGUCGUGCAUCGACGGCUUAGAAAUGUACAAAAAGCGUGAUGCACGUGCAAAGUUGUUGUUUUGCUUGUAUAAACCUAUUACUUUUUUUCCGUCCUCGUCGUCGUCCCUAUUGUUGUGAUCAAGAAAUUUUGCUGCCAUGGCAACGUGAAGUCACACUUCUCUCUAUUUCAACAACAUAUUUCACUGGCAAACAAAGAAAUGUCUGACUUUAAGCAAAGCGUUUCUAAAAUUGUCAACCCCAAUCAAAAGAUCUCUGGAAAGUCCCAAUAUUAAGGAACUUACUCAGCAUAUAUAACAGGAGAGGGAAUAUGACGGCAAACCUUGUGUGACAAGCGUGACAACAAUAAUGUUUGCAGAGAAUUUUCCGACGAGCUUUACCUUCCUUUAAUCAUACCUUUUUUUGUUAAAGACCAGAAAACACCAGUGUUAAGAGAAGAUCACGACAAAACACGCACCUUACAGCCCUGUAACGUUUAUCACAAAACACACGUACACCUGUAUUGUCGUCCUCUUCUGCCGUGCUAUUGUGUAAGCCCACUACAUGUACUUUUAGGUGGAACAUGGUCUGGGGGCUAAACUUGAAUCUUAGUUUUAGCACCCACAACCUCCCCCACUAUUUUUCGCGAUUUUGUUCUGUUACUUAUAUUUAUAAUAUAACUUACUUUAGUAUCUUAGUUUAAUAUCUGUGUACAAAUGUAUCUAUUUUUCAGUCUGCUAAAGCAUUGGAUGAUUUUGCUGAUGGAAUAAGGGUGAGGAAAUACUCAUUAACCCAUUUUUCAGCAUCGAAUUUCCCAUUGUACAAACACUGCUUUAUCGACAAAUAGGAUGUAUGAUCACCCUAGAUGAAUUCCCUUGGUAUUUGAAAUGUGAUUGCCCUUGGGAUUACUUGAUAUAUUUUUUUUCCUUUCCCUUAGUGUCAUUUCAGGACGCUGUCGUAGCGCAUACAUGGGCUUAUCCAGUUGCUUAGAUCCUUCUCUUAUUCAGUUCAUGAUAAUGUUUAAGCUUGCACAUUUACAGCCUCCCAUGCAGACGUUCUUAAGGUUAUGUUCACCCUAUACCGGAGAGCUUUUGCGCAACAAAGCGACUCAUUUUACGACUUAGUUCAGGUCACAAAUGGAGGUCUUUCAUGUUGGUUACUUCUCUGGGCAAUCUUUAAAGUCGACUCUAGGAGGACAGUGAAAGGUUACUUGCAUGUAUUUGUUUUUACAGCAUGCUCCAGACAAGCAUUCCAACAUGCCUAGCGAUGGAACGGUACAUGAGCUCACCAGAAAUGUAAGUUGAAGAGAUUUUAAUUUUUAGACUCGUCAUACUAGACUUGCCAAUUUUUGUUGGGCAUGAAGGUGAAACCGUGGCGUAGUCUUCGUAUGACGAUUGAAAUCUUCCGCCAUUAUUUUCAGGUCUGCACUGCAUAAAUAGCUGAGCCACCGCGUAGUCUUCUGUCCCUUUUCCUUUCAAUAUCAGUACAAUUGACGUCAAGUAUGUUGAUAUCGGUAAACAUCUUCAUAUUUGGUCAACACCAGCUGCUUAUGAAAAAUUAGCCAGGAGAUACCAGCCUAUCAGAAAGAUGUUAUUAUUCAAUCAAAAUAUUUCUCCAUUGCUGAUUGGCUCAAAUCCCACAGCUAAUCCUCCGUAACCAGCUAGCGUUGACAAAAUCUAGAAGACGUUUGCGAUAUCCGGAAAAUGACGUCAAUAUUCUUGGCUAAUCGCUAGAAAAAAAAAAAGAAACGGCAACCGAGAGGCCCUUGGGACGAGGCUGCGUUGCUUUGGUUGAGCAAUAUAAAAAGGCGGAACAUUUCAAACGUUUCGUGAAGAAGAAAUAAGCGAUCUGCUGCCUAGAAACGUAGCAAGAAUAUCAAGGAUGCAACUCGGUGGAUGAUACCCUCCUCGAUCUCCAUAAUUCUCCAGAUUAUCCUCAGGGGUAUCCGCCUAGAAUUGCUAAUUAUUCAAGCGUAACACAAGUGCUUUGUCUUUCCCCUUAGACACUUAUUUUUAUGGAGCAGCUUCUUCCUUAUGUUGAGACAGUCGGCAGCAUGUUGGUUACCUUGCAAGGUAAUUAUAGUAAAAGUAAAUUAUUGUUUGGUUUUUACUCCUGACUUGUUGUACCCCCGACUUAUCUAGGACGAUCGAAGGGCCUCGGCUCGCAGGGUAGUCUUGUUGUGAAUAUGGUACGAUGAUUCGUUAGCCAACAAGUGCCAAGUGCACGGCCGUUAGGCCUGGGCUCGAAACUGUAUCCUAGCAACAUGCAGCGCAUGCUCAACAAAGAUCUCGCUUGAUUCAUGCAGAGUCUUUGGUGUACUCCAAAAUCGAGUAAGCAAAAGAAAGGCUCUGCUGGCAGAGUGCACAUCGUGUUGCAGCAAAUUUUUAAUCUUCUCGAAAAUUUUCAGAGUAGUUCUCAAACUCCUUAGGCCAAGUUACAUUUUCCAUGCGCUCAUUUCGCUUCUUAGCUGAACGACUUCAGACGUUAGCGAAACGAGUGGUCAUCAAACCAACCCCACUCUUUCAACAACUUUUCUUCCUCGGGCUACUCCCUUGUCUCGUGUUUCGUGCUCAACCCCAACCUCGUUCCCAGGGUUCUCUCCUACACGUUCCUACGGAGCGAGAGAGAGAGACGGGUAGGAGAGAGAACCCGGGAACGAGGUUGGUUGAACCCCAGUAACUCCCAUCUUCGGAGACCCAGGAGCGGUCAGUCGGAUCGGUAGCCAUUUUCGCUGAGAACUCUUCUCGAAGAAAGCUUUCCUGCACGAGCCAGACAGGUACGGCGAACAGUCGAGGUGGCAGGUAAACUCCGUGGUAGAAGAUCACAAAAGCAGCACGAUAGAUGCUGGCCACCGAUUGUGCCCAUAGAGAAACGAGCAUUCGAAUGAGUCGUGGAACUGGUUCGCUUGAGUAGCAUCCCACUGGCUCUAUUGCCCAUUCUUAAAAAGUUUCGCCGCCGUUUUUCCCGACCCGAAUGACCUUCUCCGGGUCUCCGAGGAUGAGUGACUCCUCGCAGCGUAUUGGGUCUGAACCAAAGCUACACUUCCCUCUUUUGAAAACCAAUCUGUUAGAUUUUCUCCAAGCAACUUAUUUUCUUUGCUUUAGUGUUAAUUUAUUUUUGCAGAGGAUCAAAGUGGUAAUUUCUUUACUAGAGAACCAGAGUUGUUUACAAAGGUUGUCUCCGAAUAUGUUCGUAAGUAUUUAGCCUUAUCAGUCACUUAGGACAUGUGUCCCUUCAAGAAAGAAAAAUUAUCUGUAAUUCUGUUUCUUGUACGGGUCACUGAAAUACUUCUCAUCUCUGCUUCUGCCAUUUUUAUGCAGAACGUGUGCUUGGAGCCCUUGGACUGAAUCUUGAGCUCAAGGCGAGGGUGUAUGAGGCUCCGACCCUGUCAUCUCUCUUCUUACUCAACAACUAUAACUACAUCGUCAAGACUCUUCAACGGUACGAAUAUUGUAUGAAUACAAAACUUUGCUUAUUAGAACACAAGGAGGCUAAACACGAGCUAUCGGAGCUGUUAGCCGUCUCAAGUGAUUGGCGGACUUGUCACGUGACAGAAUUUCUUGGUAUAGGCCGUGGCGACAAAGUGGCAGUUUCAAAAACUCCUUUUCAGUUUCUUUAGAUUCUGAUUUGUAAACUAGGAAACAACUCUUUCACGUAAUUUAGACUGGAAAUACAAGCUGAAAGUGAGGAAAAUCAACUUUAUCUUCUGUGUUUUGUGUUUGCAGUUGGUUGCUAGACUGCUUCUAGCAGUCUCGUAGGAUUGUUCAGUGAACUCGAAAUUUUGGAAGGGAGAAUAUUUUACAGGUGCGUCACCUGUUUUCGUUUCUCUAUUACAGGUCGGGUCUUCUUGCACUUCUCCAAGAAGGUGGAAUCGCUGGAGUGGAGAAACAGUACGAGACGCUAAUAGAUGAACAGAAAGCCACCUACCAAAAAUGGUAGGAAUAGUCAUUUAAUGUAGUAUUAAUUAACAAGCUUCCUCUUUUUGAAUGUGUUGUGCCUUACACUUCAUAUACCUGGUACUCAGGCAAUCUCGUACCCACAUCUCACUCUGUCUUACGCUCCCUUGGCCGCGGGAGAUCUGGCUACGAGAUUAGUACUCAGGGUCUCUCUUUUUUUCCGUCCCCUGCUGAAGAAGAGAGGGCCUGAGAACAAGGUUGGCACUAGACGCUCACAGAAUACCCACUGUUUAAGAGAAAAUGCAUCGUUAAUGAAGAUUGCUUCUUAAAGAGGAAUCAUUCAACAAGGACAAGUGCUGGUGAUUUUUCGCGCCAUUUUGUACCGACUGUUAAGGCGAUUUCGUGGCGAUUUUAUUUACUGAAGUGCAUAACUGAUCUGCAGAGAGACCCAAGCUAGGUUUUUAGCAACUCUCCUGCGGAUAUUCGCUAAUAAAUCUAAUCGCGCAGUUUCUAAACAACGGUGAUUUUGCGGCGAAAAAACCACCUUCAAAUCGUCGCUAGUUUUCACUUGCGACUUAAUAUUGUGCAUAAAUUUCGCUUUUUUUUUUAUUUAAAAAUUUGGAGCGCGCAAAUACUUAUGGAAAUGUAAUCAAAUGCGCGAUAAAAAUGAAUAUAUAACUUAUAAAAUAGUGUAAAUAAAAUUAACAAUUAAUGAAUGAGGCUGAGUAUCUUAUGAAGAAUUAUGGAGAUCGACGAGAGUGUUAUCUGUCGAGGCCGUAGGCCGAGGCGGAUAACACCCUCCGAGAUCUCCGUAAUUCUUCAUAUGAUACGAAAGCCGAAUUCAAUAAUUGUUUUAUUAUUCAUUCAAAAUAAUUCCUAGUUUAAAAACAUAGCUAAAACAUGCUUACCUCCAUCAAUGUUAAGUUCAUCGUCGAUAGUGCACGUAUAGAGUUGUUCAGCUCCGCAAAUUCUCCAAAUAGCAGAUGUCGCCCUUCGAGUUGUCUUCUUGCUGUUCUUGCCAUUUUUUAGCUUUUAUUUCGCCUAGUUCUUACUUUUGGAACGAGUGAAAUGUCCGCCAUUUUUGUUUUCACAACCAAAACAACUCAACCUCGUCCCCAGGUCUUCUCGGUUAACGGUGCUUUAACCUGCAAGGAAGCUGCUCUUUUGACGCCAUCGGUUGAUUAAUCGCAAAAUUCUUCUAAAUCUGGUCAUCAGUAGCUGGUUAUGGUGAAUUAUCCGUGUACUUUUUAGCCAAUCAGAAGCGGGGAAAUAUUUUGAAUGAAUAAUAAUAUACAUAAAUCGCUCAAAUAUCGCCAGGUGUAAACAGUCCUUUUAAAAGUAAAGUAGCGCCGUUUAGUGAUCGAGUGCUUGGGUCUGAAGUCCUCCGGCUCAAUUUGGGUUUUCUGUUUAGUAAUCAAUCUCUCACGAAAAAACGUUUGUUAUUCAUUCCUGUUUGAGCAACUUCUUGAUUAGACGUUUCUUUGAUCGAUUGAUAAAAUUAUCAAAGGGCUGAUUAUUCAAUGGCUGGCCGACCGUAUUGCUGACUGACAGUCUGACUGACCGACUGGCUGACCGACUCACUGACCAUUGACUGAAACUAAUGUGUGAUUCAUGGAUGAAUUAAUUGGUCAUUGCUUGUUGGUUUGUUGCUAUUUAGCUGGGCAAAAGUUCUCAACUUUCUGCUCGAGAUGGACAAACCGAUGUCGACUCAUAAAGCAUCUGAACAACAAACAAAGGUGAGCAUUGAAAAGAGUCGAGGAGUUGGGAAGGGGCGGGAGACGGGACGGGACGGGACAGGAGAAAGGGAGGGGGUGGGUAACGCCUGAGAACACUGUGAGAAUGAGAAACACCCCCGAGUUAGUGGCGGUUGACCACAUACCCAGUUUCCCAAAUAAACAGUGAGCACGAGUGGGUGUAGUUUCCUCUCCCCUUACCGUCCCCUACCCCGUCUUCUCUUUUGCCCGCCCUUGCUAUUUCUUCUCUCCCCAAUCUUCCUCUGUUAUAAAAUCAAAGAUGGCGGCCGCUGUAUAAAUAAGACCAUAAAUAAGACCAUAAUUAAGUAACUUUCGCCCAUCCAAAUCAAAUACGCUUGCAUUGCAUGAUAGCAUUAUUCGAGUAAGUGCCUGAAAACUAGAUUGAGCAGAACUUAAGUUAAAAACAACUUGCUGCCUGUAUGCCUGUGUGGUGGGUUUUAGUGUUUAAUGUAAGCUUUCUUUUUUCUGUUUUAGCUGAAAGAUAAGCAAAGGCAACUUAUUAAAGACAAGUUCAAGGUACGAAUAGCAAACUUAAGGUAAACCUGUCACCAGUCAGCGAAAUCUUGCACGGGUUAUCAGUUCUUGUUUUGCAAAAAAGAUGCUUUCCUUUGCCUGCGUGCAGACGUCUCCUAUUUCCUUUGUUGCACGCGGAAAAGGGACCUUUUCCGAGUGCAACAAAGGAAAUAGGAGACGUCUGCACGCAGGCAAUGCUUUCCUAAAUAUGGAUUUCUUUCGCUUAAAAUGUCAGCUUAAGCGAAAAAAAAUUGACACAGCAUGUUUGUAAAGAUUUUCUAGGUUUCAGCCGGCGAGGGAGUGGGUAAAUUACUGUACAUUUGUGGAGCUCUCAACUCCAAAACUUUUUUAAAUUCGUGCUUGCGUGAUUAGCGCGCGAAAAGCAAAACAUCUUAAGGUCACAACCAUGUCUACAUACUCUCAUGCAACACGCCUCUCGGCCAAUCAGAGCGCGCGUACUGUCUCAGUUAUUUAUUAACAAGUAACCUGAAUCUAUUAAAUUUCCCAAGUUUCCCCAAUUUUGUCCAUUGUCUUAGAUAGGGUUUGGUGAAAAGAGGUUCUUUUAACACGUGCGUGACGUUGAGGAAAUUGUUUUGUUUCUAGGGCUUCAACACGGAAUUUGAGGAGCUCCAUCAAAUACAGAAAACGUAUUCAGUGCCUGAUACACAGCUCAGAGAUCAGCUAAGAAAUGACAACAUGGAUCUAAUUCUACCACAUUAUACAGCUUUUAGGGAGAAGUAAGUUAUUUAGCCUGCGAACGCAGACCCACUUCUGGUUGUCUUCGUUCGUAGGCUACUAUAUAGUUAGUUGAAAUGGUAACGGCAGAAACUUCAGAAGUCUGCGCCUGACUGGCCCCAAGUUGACUCACAGUACGUCACGGCGGCCGUAUUGAAGUAAAAAAGUACAUGUAAUACAUGUUACACGGCGGCCAUGUUGGUGUACAGAAAAAGUCUUGUAAGGAUUGAACUCUUUUCUUAUGUAAAAAAUUUACCUUGUUCGAAGAAAUUUGUUUCUGGAAAACAGCCCACCCACCCUUUCGCUAGGGAAAAAUGUUGGCUUAGGGAAGGGGUAGAAGGGCAGUUUCCAAGAAACCUAAAUUGAACCGAAAUUUGCAUAGCUGCUGACCACGUGAGUGAAAACCGGCGAUCUAUUAGAGUGAUUUAGCAAGAUACCGGAAACGACAGUUGACGAGGGGAAAGCACGUGGAUUGGACUGAAGCGCGAUUUCCGGUGCCCAAUUUGCCGCUCUACCGUUGGCAGGAGCCCAUCAAAUUUGAUGGGCUCCUGCCGUUGGUCAAAUCAGUUUGAUUGUUUACGCACGCAGUCGUCCCCGCCAUCGCGUUGUCUUUGCUAAUUCAGCCUAAUUUUUUUAACAAGGGAAGCACCAACCUCGUCCUCUGGGUCUUCUCUGCCCUAUUGGAAAACGAGAAGACCCUGGGGACGAGGUUGAGGGAAGCGCGUAGAAGAUGCGCGCGGGGAUUUAUAGGAAUUAGGAAAAUAAGGAGUCGUCGUUUUCCCUUUCCUCUCUGUUUCUCAUCGUCCCCUUGGCCAAGAUGCGGAUCUAGUCUAAAGCGAUCGAUCGAUGACCGCGUACAAAUGAAGAGACGACUGGGACGAGUCAAGUAUGCGUCUGACCAGCUUUAAGCAUACAGAUGUUCGGGGGAGUUUGGAUCCUAGACUCUUCCUCAGGCCACGUCGCGCUAUCCGAGUUAGCAGACGAGGCUUGGAACCAAGCGCGAGGCUUCGUCCGCGAAUGGACACGUGACGUCAUCUCACAUCCGAAACCGCCAAGGACGACUGGGAGCGAGGCUGAGGGUAUCCUGCGUUUAGGCAAACUACUGAGUAAAAAGAGUAGUGUAGCCAAAGAGGGGGGCAGGGGCUUAAUAACUUUCUUCCCCCAGAAAAGAGGGGCUUAUCAGAGAAGGGGGUGUUAAAAGAGGAUUUACGAUAUUUUUUGUUCUUUUUAUAGAUACAGUACUUUACCCUUUACGAAAAACCCAGAAAAGUACAUCAAGUACACGGUGGAAGAGAUUGAAGCGAUGCUGAAAUCAUUCUUUGAUGUCUCGGCUUAAAAAACUUUACACAAUUUUCGACCAUAACAAGUAACAUUUCUCUAUUCAGCAAUUUUUUUCAAGUAUUGCUAAAUUCAUGUUGAAAUAACAGUGGUUGUAAUGUAAAAGUAAUUGUAAAGAAUAUGAAGCGUAAUUGAAUAGGAAAUUCCUUUUUCGAAGACAACAAUGUCUUCGAGUUAUCACGUUUAGGAAAAGUUAGAAAAUAAAUUACCUUUAUUUAUCUCUUGACAAUGUUUAUAGCCCAAGGCUAGU